UACUUAUAUUCCCGCUUUACCGAACAGCGUCGGAACUUCACCGCUCCGCUACACCCAUGUCGGCUCUUAGUGAGGCAUCUACACCGGCGCAUGACGCGGCGUCGGCCAUGGACGCGCAACAACUCCAUCAACUCCACCAACAUGCUGCCGACGCCCAACAACAGCAGCAACAACAACAACAUACUUCCAAUGGCCCAUCACCAGUCAACGAUUCCACAGCAACUCGUAAAGCAAAAGCCCCUUCAGUAAGGCGAGCAUGUACUGCAUGUCAUACCGGUAAAACUCGUUGUAGCGAGGUAUUACCGUGCCAGAGCUGCUUAAAACGAGGUAUCGGCGCAACAUGCGCAUAUCCAGAUCCUGAAAGCGACCAAAAUCAGUCGCAUCAAACUCCCGGUGUGUCUACAUUUGCUCAGGCACCCCUGGGAUAUGUCCAUGGAGCACCUACUCUCAGCCAACAUCAAUAUUAUGAUUACAAUGGCGCAUUUACUGGCGCCUCUUCAUCUACCUUUCGGCCUAACAAGCGGCCCCGUAAUCUCACAGAAGAAGAAGCAGCUGCCAUCACUAGGAAUUUCAGUCGUGGAGACUUUUUCGUUGGCUCGAGCGCUCCUGUGCGCAUUGAUCCUCGUCUGCCAGUCAGGCUUACCUUAGGCGAGGGGGACCAUGUGCAUUUCAGUAUCACAGAAACUUUGACUUGAUCGAGCUAUCUGUUACUGGGAAAUUAAUCGGCUACUUCUUGCAUUCGUUUCCGCACUGUGUAUCAUUAUGAUCGUCACAACCACCUUCUGAGGAUUACUUGCGCGGUACCUCUCGCAAAUCUCGUGUACAUAAUAUAAUCUUGUCGAAGACAGCAAGAAUUAUCACACUCAAAAAA